AUGAUCGAUCGUGAUGAAUUACGUCAAUGUAUUAUGGAAUGUCCUUGUUUUCCAGAUAUGUCUUAUGAUGAAGAUUUGACUGAAUGGACAAAGAAAUGGCAAACAAUUCGUGAAAAUGAAAAAUUAUCUCAUACUCAAAAACUUUUUCGAAUGCUUCUAUCAGAUGAUAAAACAAUGCAUUAUUAUUCAUUUUGUCACAAUGAUAUAUUUCAAGAAGAUUGUUAUUGA